UAAGAUAACCUUGAAUAUCCCAAAGUUAAACAAAUUCCAUUCUUCCUCAGGAUACUUUAACAACUCUUAACUCAUCCAGUCAAGUUCCAGUAGCAAAAACAAAUUCCUAUAGUACACGUAAUUGUCCGAUUUAGGUAUUGAAUUAACGUAAGUUCUAAAAGAAUGGCUGUGGAUCUUUCUUCUCCCAAGGCAGUGUUUGUCAAGGAUCUCAUCAAGAGCGAUAAAAUUGUGAUCUUUUCCAAGUCAUAUUGCCCUUACUGCAAACUGGCAAAAGAGGUCUUUGAUAAAAUGAAGGAAAAGUACACAGCCAUCGAGUUGGAUGGUAGAGAUGAUGGAGAAGAGAUUCAGGGUAUUCUGGGUGAAAUUACUGGGGCUAGAACUGUUCCGAGAGUUUUUAUUAAGGAAAAUUGUGUAGGAGGAGGUUCUGAUGUUAAAACAUUAUAUGAGAAAGGUGAUUUGCAGAAAUUAAUAGCUACUUAAUUUGGUACUUUCUUAGUGUAUUUCAAUAUUCCAAUAAUGCAGUACUUAUGAUGAAAAAUGUUAAAUAUUUCCUGUACUUUGACUAUACUUAUUUGCAUGUUGUUAAAUUUUAUGUAUGAUUUAAUAUUUUAAAUACAAGCUUGAAAAAUUCAA